CAAAAGGAUAUAAAGGAGGUGUGGAAAACAGUGAUAAUAAGAGUGCGAGAAAUAGGAGUUCCAUAGCAGAAAUCAUAUCCGUUUCAUUUCUGUUCAUCGACUUCGGAGUGUUGCACCCACACCUGUACCAGCAAUGGAUUCGUUUAAGACUUUACUCAAGUUCCUCACCAAUCAGAAGUCCUCUAUCGGUUACUGCUUCAUGGCUGCUGUGACAAUAGGUAGUGAACGAAUUUUUGCCGUGGUGUCUUUCCAGUGUCCAUGCAACCGUAGUCAGAAUUUUGCCUAUGGAUUAACUUUUCUGCUUGGCCCUGCUGUUGUCUUGCUGGCGAUUGGUCUCUUUGUUUGCACACGUCUUUGGCGGUUAUAUACAGGGUGUUGUCUCAACCCUUCCAAACUCUGCCCCAGGGGUAACUUCGUGGGAAGCACAAAAGUGAUUGUAAAAGUGCUGUCUGGAGCCUGCAUGGCCCCUGUCAUGUGGCUUAGUGUAGCACUGUUAAAUGGAACAUUUUAUGAGUGUGCUGUUAGUGGCCUGGAUGAAAAUGUGGUGGUGCAAAUUAUCUGCAAAAACAAGACCCGUAUAUGCCAGGAAGAGUUGCCCAGAGUGCCCUGCAGCAAGUCCCAGCUUCCUGAGAAAGAAAACACGGAACUGCUGUUGAUGUUGAGAGCCCAGUCACAGAUCCUCGGCUGGUCCAUCAUUAUCAUAUCGGCAACAGUAUUGCUAAUUGGGAAUUGCUUUAAGAACUGUCGCUCUCAAGUAAGCUACCUUCAGUUAACUUUCCAGAAGAUCUACACGGAGAAGGAAAAGGAACAGUUUGAGCUGUUUGCAGAAAACUAUGCUACCAAACUGGCAGAGAGAAACCUCAAGAGUUUCUUCGACAACAAAAGUCCCGAACCAUUUCCCUUACCAAAUCACAAGGCCUGGGAGGAGAUCUCAACUAUAUACACUUUUAAGAAAUACGAACAAUACUACAGCACACUCCAAAGAUAUGUAGAGUGCACUGAUCUUGACAGCCCUGAGAAGCAACUUUUUAUGGAGGGGGAAGAUGGCAAAGAGGUGGUAUAGAACACUACAUGGACUGGUAACUUAAGAGAGAACAUUUUUAAGUUGACCUGAGAGACAAAAAGCCACUGUGAAUCA